CGAGAGCUCAGAAAUUGCUACUAAACCGGAAAUAACGCCAUGCCGUGUUGGCCUGGCAGGACGAAUUGGGCAUAUCAGUGUUUCUACAAAAAAAAUACAAAUAUAACGUUUAUUUAACUACUGAACAAAGCGUGUGAAUAAAACGUCAGGAUGGUGUUAGCAGACUUGGGGCGUAAAAUUACGUCCGCCCUACGGUCGCUCAGCAAUGCCACCGUCAUUAAUGAGGAGGUGUUGAAUUCCAUGUUGAAAGAAAUAUGCGCGGCAUUACUUGAAGCUGAUGUAAACAUUAGAUUAGUCAAAAAACUACGUGAAAAUGUUCGCGCAGUUAUUGACUUUGAUGAUAUGGCAGGUGGUCUUAAUAAGCGGCGGAUGAUUCAGAGUGCGGUCUUCAAAGAACUUGUCAAGCUGGUGGAUCCUGGUGUGAAAGCUUAUCAGCCAGUGAAAGGACGGCCUAAUGUGAUCAUGUUUGUAGGUCUGCAGGGUUCGGGUAAAACAACAACAUGCACAAAACUUGCUUACCAUUAUCUGAAAAAAAAUUGGAAAUCCUGUUUAGUUUGUGCGGAUACUUUCCGUGCAGGUGCUUAUGAUCAAAUUAAACAAAAUGCCACAAAAGCUAGGAUACCAUUUUAUGGAAGUUAUACAGAGAUCGACCCAGCAGUAAUAGCCUCAGAUGGUGUUGAAAUGUUUAAAAAAGAGGGAUAUGAAAUAAUCAUAGUUGAUACAAGCGGUAGGCACAAGCAGGAAGAGUCGUUAUUUGAAGAAAUGUUGCAGGUGUCCAACGCAGUGAAACCAGACAACAUAAUCUUUGUGAUGGAUGCAACAAUAGGUCAGGCUUGUGAAAGUCAAUCAAAAGCUUUCAAGGAUCGUGUUAAUGUUGGUUCAGUUAUUAUUACAAAACUAGAUGGCCACGCCAAAGGUGGGGGUGCACUUUCAGCUGUUGCUGCAACACAGAGUCCUGUUAUUUUCGUGGGUACUGGAGAACACAUUGACGAUCUUGAGCCAUUUAAGACAAAGCCUUUCAUCAGCAAGCUAUUGGGAAUGGGAGAUAUUGAGGGUCUGAUAGACAAAGUAAAUGAACUUAAUUUAGAUGACAAUGAGGAAUUGCUCGAGAAAAUUAAACACGGGCAGUUCACUAUGCGUGAUAUGUACGAGCAGUUUCAGAACAUAAUGAAAAUGGGGCCUUUUUCGCAAAUCAUGGGAAUGAUUCCUGGGUUCAGUCAAGAUUUCAUGUCAAAAGGUACCGAACAGGAAUCAAUGGCUAGAUUGAAGCGGCUUAUGACAAUCAUGGACAGUAUGAACGAUGGCGAAUUGGACAAUCGAGAUGGGGCCAAGUUAUUUACCAAACAACCAGGAAGAGUGAUCAGGGUGGCUCAAGGAUCGGGUGUAACUGAAAAAGAAGUCAAAGAUUUAAUAGGACAAUACACGAAAUUUGCCGCGGUAGUGAAAAAAAUGGGUGGCAUAAAGGGAUUGUUCAAGGGUGGGGACAUGACCAAAAACGUGAACCCUACGCAAAUGGCAAAACUAAAUCAACAAAUGGCAAAAAUGAUGGAUCCUCGAGUUUUACACCAGAUGGGUGGAAUGUCAGGGCUGCAGAAUAUGAUGAGACAACUCCAACAAGGUGCUGCAGGAGGACUUGGUAACCUAAUGGGUGGAUUUGGUGGUAAAUCCUGAGAUGAAGGGUCAGGCGACAGCAAUAUGUCGCACGAAAACCGCUCCAACUCCCAGCAAACUAGAAGGCAUCAACGACAUUAAAUAUCACAAAUUAUUAUUGCCAGGCACCCUGGCCCCGUUCACCUCUGCCUUAUUUGAAACUAAUUCCAAAUUUCGAAUAUUUCCACAGUUUUUAUUUGUUAGAGCUGUCGCCACAAUAUGCGGAUGUUCCAUCUGACCGAACUACGUUGGCAGCUCUUUAGUAACAAGUACCAAAACAUAUGUCACUACUUCAUAAUAAUCAACAACCAACUAGGUUGGCUAGUCGAACUGCGGAGUGCAUUGGCAAAAAAAUUUCCUUUUUUGUAUUACACAACUGCUAAUGCUCCUAUUUCAAUCAUUGAAUUCUUUUCCUGUACAAGCUCAUGUUUCCGACGAGCAAGUACAUAGCCGUUUCUGCGCUUGAUUGCGCUGUGCGUUUUUUUCCAAUCAUGUAUAUGCAACGUGAAAUUGCUAGUGAACUGGUCUGAACAUCAGUUGAUGGUUCCCGGCACCAUCACCCACCAACUAUAAAGGUUGGUGGAUGGUUGGAAGUUUUCCGAGGUUAAUAUAAAAUAAAUAAAUAUAUAAAUUAAUACAUACAUGAAUGAGUUUCAUGUGCUGUAAAUACACGACACAUUCAUGUAACUAGAACUGGUUCUUAAGUAAAUGAUCCAUUUUAUACCUGAGUUACAGCAUACGAAAUUUAUGAAGUUUAAACUAGGGUAGGUGAGGGUAGGAAACAUUACAACGAUUGCAAGAUUUGUCAAUAUGAUCGAAAAUGGUAUGCGCUCGACCUCGUAUUAUAACAUUGCGAUGUUUUUGUAAAUAAAUGAUUGUACAACAGGA